CCUUAAUAAUAAAAUUUGGAAAGGAGAGAUGGUAAAGAAAUGCCUGUGGCAGUAACAAUACCCAGCUAUCACCACCACCGUAUCUACGCUUCACUCUUCGCCAUAGCCAAGUUCAACAAAAGCACGAUGGCGAGCAGCAGCAACAACAAUUCAGGUGCAUUCACAACAAUCAAAGAGAGAAUCACUUUCGAGAAAGACAUCAAGAAAAGCAAGUUCAUCGCCAUUGCUGGUUCCGUCUCCGACGAUAAAUCCGCUAUGUCUUUCCUUUCUCAGGUCCGGGAUCCAAAGGCUACCCACAAUUGUUGGGCUUAUAAGGUGGGGGAUCAAUACCGGUCCAAUGAUGAUGGUGAACCUUCAGGUACGGCUGGGAAACCAAUAUAUUCUGCCAUUUCUUCUUCAGGAAUAGAUAGAGUAAUGGUGGUUGUGAUCAGGUAUUUUGGUGGUAUCAAAUUAGGCACCGGGGGAUUGGUCAGGGCUUAUGGAGGAGUUGCAUCAGAAUGUCUGAAGAAUGCUCCAACUUGCCUAGUGAAAACAAAGGUGCCAAUGGGGGUAGAAGUUCCAUUUGACUUACUUGGAGUGCUCUACCACCAGCUGCAGUCUUUUAAUGUCGAAGAAAUGAAGCAGGAUUAUGAUACGGGUAAAGAUGACAUAUCAAUGGUUACUUUUAAGGUUGAUUUUGACAAAGUUGAGAAAUUGGAGGAUACACUUAAAUCCAAUUGUAGCCGAGAAUUGAAGUUUUAUAAGCAUUGAGAAUUCACACUAGAUUUGAAUUAUAUAGUUUUCAUGUAAUAUUUUUCUCAUACACACACGGUAGAUGCAACUUCAUUUGAAGAUGAGAUGAAUGCACACACAGGCUCAGUACAUAUUAAAGUUUUUCCCUGCGUGCUGCUAAUAGGACUAGUUUUCUUCUAUGAAACCUGGUUUACAGUAUUUGUAUAUUCAGUAGAAACUUUUACAAAUCUUUAUAUACAUACAGAAGGGAAUAUAUUUGUUUAGCUUUAUAUGAA